GUGGGGAGGGGGCACAGAAGCAGGUCGGCCUGUGCUCGCUGCUCCGUGCCGCCGCAGACCGCAGACCGGGAGGAUGAGGCUCGCUGUCAGUGCCCUGCUGGCCUGUGCUGUCCUGGGGCUGUGUCUGGCUGUCCCUGAGAAAACUGUGAGAUGGUGCGCCGUGUCAGAUCAUGAGGCCAGUAAGUGCCACGGUUUUCGUGAUAACAUGAAAAAAGUCCUUCCAGAUGGUGUCCGAGUCUCAUGUGUGAAGAAAGCCUCCCACCUUGAUUGCAUCAAGGCCAUCGCGGCAAAUGAAGCGGACGCUGUAACACUGGAUGCAGGCUGGGUGUAUGAGGCAGGCCUGACUCCCAACAACCUGAAGCCUGUCGUGGCAGAAGUCUAUGGAUCAAAAGACAAUCCACUAACCUACUACUAUGCUGUCGCGGUGGUCAAGAAGGGCAGUGGCUUCCAGUGGAAUGAGCUCCGAGGCAAGAAGUCCUGCCACACAGGCCUGGGCAGGUCUGCGGGCUGGAACAUCCCCAUUGGCCUACUUUAUUGUGACUUACCUGAGCCACGUCAGCCUCUUGAGAGAGCAGUGGCCAAUUUCUUCUCGGGCAGCUGUGUUCCCUGUGCGGAUGGGGACUCCUUCCCCCAGCUGUGUCAACUGUGCGCCGGCUGUGGCUGCUCCUCCCUUCAACCAUACUUCGGCUACUCAGGAGCCUUCAAGUGCCUGAAGGAUGAUGUUGGGGAGGUGGCCUUUGUCAAGCACUUGACCGUAUUUGAGAACCUGCCAAACAAGGCUGACAGGGACCAGUAUGAGCUGCUCUGCCUGGAUAACACCCGGAAGCCAGUGGAUGAUUUUGAGAACUGCCACUUGGCCAAGGUCCCUUCUCAUGCUGUUGUGGCCCGAACUGUGGACGGCAAGGAGGACUUGAUCUGGGAGCUUCUCAACCAGGCCCAGGAACAUUUUGGCAGAGACAAAUCAGACGACUUCCAAUUGUUCAGCUCUUCUCUGGGAAAGGACUUGCUAUUUAAGGACUCUGCCCAGGGGUUUUUAAGGGUCCCCUCUAGGAUGGACUUCAGGCUCUACCUGGGAUAUGAGUAUGUCACUGCUCUUCGGAAUCUACGGGAAGGCACAUGCCCAGAAACCUCAACAAAAGAAUGCAACACAGUGAAGUGGUGUGCACUGAGCCACCAUGAGAGGCUCAAGUGUGAUGAGUGGACUGUUCACAGUGGAGGGAAAAUAGAGUGUGAAUCAGCAGAGACAACGGAAGACUGCAUCGCCAAGAUCAUGAAUGGAGAAGCUGAUGCCAUGAGCUUGGAUGGAGGGUAUGUCUACAUAGCAGGCAAGUGCGGUUUGAUGCCUGUCAUGGCAGAGAACUAUGAGAACUACGAAAAUAGUGGAAAAUGUACGGAAAACCCAGAGGAAGGGUAUUUUGCUGUGGCAGUGGUAAAGAAAUCAUCUGCUGACCUCACCUGGAACACUCUGAAAGGCAAAAAGUCCUGCCACACUGCCGUGGACAGAACCGCUGGCUGGAACAUCCCCAUGGGCCUGCUCUACAACGAGCUCAACCAUUGCCGAUUUGAUGAAUUUUUCAGUCAAGGCUGUGCCCCUGGGUCUCCGAAAAAUUCCAGUCUUUGUGAGCUGUGUAUGGGCCCGAACCCCAACGAGUGUAAGGCCAACAGCAAGGAGGGAUACUAUGGCUACACGGGAGCUUUCAGGUGUCUAGUUGAGAAGGGAGAUGUGGCCUUUGUGAAAUCCCAGACUAUUGAGCAGAACACUAAUGGAAAAAAUGCUGAGCCAUGGGCUAAGGAUCUGAAGGAUAGUGAAUUUGAGUUGCUGUGCCUUGAUGGUACCAGGAAGUCUGUGGGGGAGGUUAAGAACUGCCACCUGGCCCGAGGCCCAAAUCAUGCCGUGGUCACCCGGAAAGAUAAGGCAGCUUGCGUCCGUCAGACGUUACGUCACCAGGAGGGCGAGUUUGGAUAUUUUUCACCUGACUGCUCAAAGAAGUUCUGUAUGUUCCAGUCUGAUACUAAGGACCUUCUGUUCAAAGAUAACACUAGAUGUUUGGCCCAAAUUCAAGAUGGUGUCAAGUAUGACAAAUACUUAGGAGAAGAAUAUGUUAAGGCCGUUGGUAACCUAAGAAAAUGCUCAACCUCACAACUCCUGCAAGCCUGCACUUUCCACAGAGUUUAACAUCCAAGACAUGGGGCUGCUAUCCAGGUGAAGAUGGGAGCUCCUGUGACCCAAAGGAUUUCCCUGGCCUUGCUAUCCUGAGUGGUUUGUGCUAACCAUGUCUGUCUUCAUAGCUGUGUUACCUAAUGCACAGGUCGCAAAUAAAAAUUAAUAUUGAUUUUA